AUGGGUCAGGCGAAUUCGACGGCGGGAGAAUGGCCCUACCCUGACUUCGCAAUACCAGCGAAUCUCAGUGCACCCUCGCUUUCAACCCUCAACCAACCUUCCACGCCUCAUCUUAACGAAUCGGAAUCAGCCCGAGCCUCGCUUGCAAGCUUGGAAAAACUCCUAACCGAGGAGGACUGGGUCCACGACGCGGUCUCUAAUCUCCUCACGCAAUACGUCGAGAAGAUAUCCAGCGCCGCGGUCGUUGCCACGUCAGAUCUCACGGCUGCUGAUGAGCAAGACCACGAAGAGGAUGGGGACGCAGAUAGCGAUAACAAAGAAGGGGACGAAUUUUCUUCAGAUCUCCAGCAGAACUCCUCGCUGCCCUCCUCGUAUAACGCCACGCCCUCCCCUUUCGCGGAUUACCCCACCUCCCCUUCCGCCGCCUCCGCUUCCCCUUCCCCCUUCCGCCUUCAUGACUCUCACUCUCCCGCACCUGUCCUCGCCACCACCGGAAGCAGCUACCUCAGCGGCGGAGCGGGACUCCCGCCGCGACCCCCGGCGCCGUCGGCGCCCGCGGCGCUCCAGCCGGAACAGACGGUGCCGCAAGGGCCGCUGAAGCGACUGUCCACGCGGCGGCUGGUCGCGCUGGCGGUGGAGCGGGCGGGGGAGGUGACGUCGCGGGAAGCGCAGGAGGUUCUAGAAGCGGCGCUUUUGCGCCUAGCUCGCGCGGAAUACGAUUGGCUUGUGGCAACCAUUCAGACGGUCUCCGCAUCUGUAGCCGCAACAGCCGCCGCCGCAGCUAUAGCAGCCGCGGAGGCGAGACGGCGCGCGCGGAGGAAGGCGCGGGGGGAAGGGGAGGUGGAGAGCGCACUCGGGGGGUUUGAUUUCGCGGGGUUGAGUGCGCUGGCUUUCGGGGUAACAGGCGCGGCAGAGCAAACCCUAGCACACGUGGGUCCGUUGCCUCCGGUAGGGUUGGAUCCGUUACAAGUAGAAGAAGUGUUUGUUUUGGGGCUGGCUAUGUGGGUAGAGUUCUGGAAGGAGUGGGGGAAGCCUCCUGUGCAGCACGGGGCAGGCGGAGCCGUAAUGGGUGUCACUGGCGGGGGAGUGGGCGCAGGCGGAAGGGGCAGCGGCGGCGGAAGCGGACUCGAGGGCCAUGGCGGGCUGGGGCUGGAGUCCCCCGUCGGGGGAAGGGGGGCAGGCGGGGGGAAUGGGUCAAUCUGGAGUCCGGUCAGGGAAGAAAGCUCUGUUUCGGGAUAUGUUAAUCAUGAUGCGGGGGGAGAGAUCAGCGGAGGGGGCUUUGGGGGCUUUCGUAGCGCAACUAUUGGUGGGGGUGACAGCGGGAUAGGCGGCGGAAGAGGUGGGGACGGGGGCUUUAGGAGCACAAGUCACGCGGAGAACACGGGAAGCUUCGCGGAAAGAAGAGGGUUGAGUCGCUCGGGAAGCAGGGCGAUGAGCAAGAGUCGGUCUUUAAGGGAGGCUCGGUCGCUGAAGGAACGCGGGCGCUCGUUUAGAGAACGCUCGUUAAAGGAAGGGUCGUUGAAAGACGGAGGGAGGUCGUUUAGGGAAGGAGGCGGUGGGGGAGGGGUGAUAGGGGAUGGGGGGGCUGGGCGGGGAGGGAAGCACCUAUUGUCAUCGCUCGAUUCCAUAGGGCAAAGCGAUACUGUAGAUGUGGGGAACUUUUUCUCGGUUGACUUAAGCGAUGGUGAUAGUAACGGGGGAGGAGCGGACGGGGGGGGUGGGACGGACGGGGGAAGUGAUUGGAGUGGGGAAGGGGAGAGGGGGAGAGGGAGGGGGCUGUGGGGUGGGGUGGAGGCGAUACAAGAGGAGGAGGAAUUUGGGGACCUUGAUUUAGGGGAGGAGGAGAAAGUAUUAGGAUUUUCUUCAGAUGUAAACGACAGCAGUGUGAACAGUGACCUUGUUGAGACUGAAACGGACGAAGGAAGCCGGCCGAAGCGAGAGCGUAUGGUGACGAUUGUUGAGCCUUUAGAGAUUGAAGACCCUGCAGGUGCAGAAGACAAGGAUGUGAAUAUUAUGAACGGGUAUCACUAUAACGAGGAUUACCAUACCGAGGGCUCAGGUUUGGGUGGUGCUUCGGUGGUAGGCUCUGCGUUUGAAGCUGCGCUUCGGGCUGAGGCGGGGCGGCAGCUACAAGACAAACUGCUGGAAGAGAUUCUAGAAGCUUCCAGUGGGCGGCAGCUUACUGUAGCAACCCCUGGGCCUAUGACUGCGGCAGCAGGAGCAAGGGGCGUUGGGGGGGGAGACAGAGGAGGAGAAGCAGGGGGAGGGGUGAUAGGGAGUGCGGAGGCAUCUCAAGGGGUGGGGUCUGGUGGGAUUGGCCAGGAGGAAAAUAAGCUGGGAGGUUUGGGAAAAGAUGGGCGGGAAUAUCGGAAGAGCCGAAGCAACGUCGGGAGGCUUGGAAGCAGUAGGUUCUGUGCCGAAGCUGCUGUGCUGAGCAGCAGCGGUGGUGGGUAUGGGAUCCGCGCAGGGGGUGGCAGCGGUUACACCGGUGCUGCUGCAGCAGGAGUGGAUGGGGCGAGCAGCAGCAGCAGCAGCAGUGGCAGCAGUAGCAGCGGUAGCAGCAGCAGCAGCAGUGACCCUAGUGGAUUAUGGGGAGGGCCUGGGAGUAGUAUCAGCACAGUCAGUACUAUAAGUACUGUUAGCACUUUUAGUGUGGGGGUUGGGGUUAGAGAGUCGGAUAUGAUUACAAGUAUGAUGGGUAGAAUGGGGAUAUCUUCUGAAACUAGUGCUGCCCCGGGGCUUGGCUUGGCCGGACCUGCCGGCUUGGCUCCUGGCUCGGUAGCGGGAAUUAUGGUAGCAGGGCCGGGAGGCUCGGUGAUGGCAGAGGAAGCAGUUCCGAACCCGGCGCCGCUCCACGUGGACGUGGUUCGGUUGUUAGGCUUGGCAGCAGCUGCGGCGGGCCACCAGCCUGCCACCGCAGCUGUCUGCGUGCUCCGGCUGCUGGACAGGCUCGGGAAGCAGGACUGGGAGGCUCGGUACGGCAAGAAGCUGGAGGCGCGGCACGGCAGGCCCGGCGGCCGAGCCGAGCACGGAGGCUCGGAUUCAGAUGAAGAUGAGGAGGAUUCAGAGGAUGAGGAUGAGGAGUCACUUAGUCCUGGGAGUAUGGCUAGUGGAUGGACCAACGGAACAGGGCCCGGGAGCAGAACGGCAGGGGGAUUCGGCCCGGGGGGAAGCAGAACAGGGGGGAGCGGAGCAGGCGGGGGGAGCAGAGCCGGGGGGAGCAGGGCGGGGGGGAGGAGCGGGUGUGGGGACGGGGCGGGGUCGACGGCUACAGGAGGGGCUGUGGCGGAGUGGGAGAAUGCGAGUGAGGCGCAGGAGUGUCGGGAGUUUGUGCUGCAGUGCCUGUUGGAUAUGGUCGAUGCUGUUGCUCUCAAGUGCCAGAUCAGGAAGCGGCCUGGUGGGAGCUACGCUGCUGGGUAUGGUGGUGGGUAUGUGGGAAAUGCGGGGUAUGCGGGGUAUGCGGGGUAUGGGGAUGUUGUGGCUGCGCCUACCCCGACGGGGCAGGUGUCGUUUAUCAAGUCAUUUGGGGGCGAUGAGGAGUUUGCUGCUCUUCUUGCUGGCUCAGCUGGUGGGGGAGCUACGGGUUUCUCUGGUUCUGCUGGUGCUGGAAUGAUAGGUUAUUCCCCUAGAGGAGCCAUGGGUUAUUCCCCUACCAGCAACAGGCAGUCGCAGUGGGGAAUCGGGGGCGACGUGCAGGGGGGGAUUGGAGAGGGUCGGACGGGGAGUGGGGUGAGUGGUGGUGGGGAGUGGUUGGGUGAGGUGGGAGGGGGACUGGAGGAAGCUGCUUGGCGGGUGGCCUUGCUUGGGGAGGAUCCGAAUCAUCAGGGGAAUACUCAGGGGAAUACUCAGGGGCAUAGCCAUCAUGGCAUGGGGGGAGAGUCUAUGAUUCCUAGCAGCCCGUCCGGGCAGAAAAAAAAGCAUCGCAGGCAGAGAAGUUUCGUGAGCGCCUGCCCGAUUCCCGUCGUGCCCCCGCCAUCCAAAGCCCGGUUCGACGCUGCUGCUGCUGCAUCAGCUAUUGCUGCUGGGGGAGGGGACGGGUUUGGCCCUGCUCCAUUGGUCGAGCUUGCUGAGCUGGCAGUUCUCCGCUCCAUCCUCCAAUCAUCAUCCAGCAUUAUGGGUGCAUUCGGUGCACAUAUGCCCGCCGCCCCUGCUGCUGCUGGCACCGGCUCAAGCAGAACCCCCAGUAUGGAUUUUGACAGUGACCUUCAGUAUAGUCACCCCCUCUUAGUGCCCCUCCCGCAAUCCGCCAGCCCGCCUAAGCUUCGGCAAUUAGACGGCGUGCUGGUGUCUUCCUCGGCUGGAGGUCCGGGGCUCUUGGUGCUGCUCAUAGCUACCGAGGCGGCUCGGUUGCCGAACCUAGCCCCGGACGACCUCUGGCUGCUAGCAGACCGGUCUGAGGAGCUCAGGCUCGGCGAGGCUUCGGUUCGAAUCCGCAUCCGAGCCUGUGCUUCGACGUAUGAUGAUCCCGAGGGGGUGAGGGAGACGGUUCGGUUGGCUCUGGUGCCUAAUGGUGCCGAACCUGUUCCGAAGCGGAUUGCCAGGCUUUUAGCAGCUGCUAGGUUUGCGUUGCUGCGGGCACGAACAGGUUCGGCAAGGAGGGAGUUUGCUUCGGUGUUUGGUUCGGCGCUGCUGGAGCCAAUCCAAGGGAAGGAAUGGGCGAGGGAGAGGGAGAGGCAGAGGGAGAGGGAGGGGGUGUGGGGGAUGAGUAGUGUUGGGGGUGCUGCAAGAAGAAAGGAGAGAGAGAGGGAGAGGAGGAGGAGGUGGAGGAAACUGGGGAAACGGAUAUUAGAAUACCCAUGGGCUUAUGAAUUGGCUAAUGGGUUUCUGGAGCUAAGUACUUUGUUUAAGCUGCCUGGGGAUGAAGAUGAGCAAGAGGAGGAGAGAGAGGAGGGAGAGGAGGAGGAUGAGGAGGAGGAAGGAGGGAGGGAGGGAAGGUGGGGAGUUGGGGAGGAGGAGUUGCAAGAGACGAAGUUACUGUGUGCGAAGGUGAUUAUGCAAGUGUCUAUUGAGCCACUGCUGAUGCAUGGGUUAGAGAGUGGGGAGAGCGAGGAGAGUGAGGAGAGUGGGGAGAGUGAGGAGGAGAGAGGGAGUGUGGAUGGUGGGAAGAGCAUCGGCCGUGCGAGGGAGUGGGAGAGUGGGGUAGGAGAGAGGUGUGGGAGGAUUCAAGAGGAGGCAGAGGAGGAGGGGGAGAAUGAUGAGGGGAGGGCAAAUGGGAGAGGAGCAGAGGGCAGAGAGGGGGAGGGAAGAGGGGGGGACGGCAGCAGGUCGUUAAGUGCCAAGGCACGGCACCGGCUCUCAGUGGUGGUCCCAGAAGGACCCGUGAAAGCUGGGGAAAGUGACGAAAUCGUCAAGGUGGGGGGAAUGGGGGCACGCAGCGGGGCGAGUGCAGCAGAACGGGCGGAGGAGGAGCGGAGAGAGAGAAAGGCGGAGAGGAGGAGGGAGAGGGCUGCGAGGAAAGAGGAGGCAGUGGCAAGGUGGGCGAGGGAGGUGGAGUAUCCAGAGGUGGAGGUGGGUUGGGCGCAGUGGAAGGCGAUUGGCAGCCUGCUGGAGGAGGAGAGGCGGGAGCACCGUGCGCUGGUGCCCAUGUGGGGGAAGGCGGUCAGAGGCAGCUUUAAGGCCAUUCUACAAGACAUCACUCCACCAGAUCCCUUCCUGCUCGAGCUCUUUGACUGGGGCCUCGAGGGUCUCCUCAUCUCCUUCGCCUCGGCCGCUGACCCCCGCCAACACCUGCACCGCCACCGCCGCUCCUCCUCUUCCUCCUCCUCCGCCUCCUCUUCCCCCUCUUCCGCCUUCAAAUCCCAAGGCCAGUCCCAGUCAGGAUCCCACUCCCGCUCCUCCUCCUCCUCCGCCCUGUCCCCGUCGCAAUCCCCCUCGCAAUCCCAUCCUGUCCCCACCUCUUCCACUGCCAAAAAGCCUCCGCUAUCCUCCUCCCCUGCCUCCGCCUCCUCCCCAUCCUCCUCCUCCUCCCCUCGCACUCCCUCUCACAAGCCUGCAAUCCCCCCGCCCCGCCUCUUUCCCCAAGCCUCUGCCGCAGCCUCCCGCGCCCGCAUGCUGAUUGGCUGUAGCGCGUGGAUUGACCAGGUUGUAGCAGUCGUCUGCCCGAAAGAAAAAGAAGUGGCAGAGCUGUUAAUGGCUGUAGCGACAAGAAUGGCCGACCGGGUGUUUUAUAAAUGGCCAAGGCACACGGAUAACGUGAGGUUUAUUGCGAGGUUGCUGCUGUAUGUGCAUCGGCAGGGGAUUGGGGGAAUGGGGGAGGAGCUGAGGGAGAGGGCGGUGAAGAUCAGCCGGCAGCUGUGGGGGUGGAGCUUGCCCAGCUUUGCUUCAAUUCGCAUGCAGUGUGAGACGGAUGAGGAAGCACACGAGAUCAUGCUCAGUGCCAUUGUUGCCACGUGGAAGGGUUUUGCCACAUAG